CUGUGUGAGCACCUGAGGCUGCAGACUGGCCCCACAGGGAAGGACGGCUGGUGCUGUGGGGCGCUGGCAGUCGUGGCAGCGCCUGCAGGGGGUGGAGACAAGGCAGCAGGCCCCCCAUUAGCACCAUGCUCCUGGGGAUCCUCGUGGUGCUCUGCUUCAUCCCCACUGCUGAUGUAACAGAAAACAAGAUUUUAGUGGCUCAGCAUCCUUUGCUCAUUGUAGCUAACCAAACUGCAACUCUAGUUUGCAACUACACAUACAAUGGAACAGGGAAAGAAUUUCGAGCUUCGCUACACAAAGGAACGGACAGUUCAGUUGAAGUUUGCUUUAUCUCAUGGAACACAACCAAAAUUAGCAGCAAUUCAAAUAAAGAAUUCAACUGCCAGGGGUAUCACGAUAAAGACAAAGUCAUCUUCAAUCUUUGGAACAUGAAUGCCAACCAAACUGACAUCUACUUCUGCAAAAUUGCGGUCAUGUAUCCACCCCCAUAUGUCUACAAUGAGAAGAGCAACGGGACUGUCAUUCAUGUGAAAGAGACACCCACCCAAAUACAAGAGCCUCAGUCUGCAAUUCCUUUGUGGAUUCUGGCAACAGUGACUGGAAUUCUUGCACUCUACAGUAUGCUAAUAACUGCAGUGUUUAUUAACUACUGGCAAAAAUUCAAAAAGAAUAUGUACCAUCAGAGUGACUACAUGAACAUGAUUCCCCGGCACCCACCAUACCAGAAGAACAAGGGUUACCCAUCCUAUGCCCCAACACGAGACUACACCGCGUACCGGUCGUGGCAGCCCUGAUCCCAGCAGAAGCCUCGUGUGCUUCCGGGCAGUCACUUGCUCUGGGGCAUGGAAGGACAGCCUCUCAUUUUCUCAUCGUGUUUGUUUCUGUUGAUCAUGGACACGUACAUCAUAGCAACUAUUAACUAAACUUUGAUCUGCUAUCAGACCAACAAACCAAUAUAAAAAGGGGGAGAAGUAAAAAAAAACCAAAUUUCUCCAUGAUGGCUGAAAAUGAAGCCCAGCUUGUGUUGGGGGUUGUCAGUGGAUGAAAAGAUGGCAUCAGACCUCAGAGCUGGUUUCUUCCUAACGCUUGUGGUUUUGCUCAGCUGUUGGAAGAAGCAGAACUUCUGAUCUUUUCCAAUAACUACUGCCUUGGAUUUAACCCUUAAUUUCCUUCCCGGUAUGUGUAGUCCUCAGAGAGUUGCUGUUAAACCUGUCAAAAUGUAAAAAAUAAUCUUUUUUUUUCUAUAAGACAAAGACACAGUUUGAAGUUCAAAAUAAGUACUUAAAAGAAAGAGGAAAAGUUCAGUCAGAAGGCAUCCAAGCUAUUAUGCUAUGAAACAAUUGAUCUGCCAGGACAAAUCAAACUAAGAGACAACUAGUAAACCUUCAACAUGUGAGUCCUUAGGCUGGACACUUUGUAAAUGUUCAUAAGGCCAUCUGCAGUCAUGACCAAGCAACUCCACAGGCUGAAAAAGCAAACAACCUGAAGACAAAAUCAAGACAAGUGGGAGAGGAAGAAAGAUUUGUCUUCAUCAUGAGCAGUCCCAUUUCUUUUUUGUUUGCCUCCUGCAUCAAGGGAAUGCGAAGUCGUACAUAAAGCAUUAGGAGAGAGAGCGCUCAGAUUUUGAGAAGAUUUUUACUUUUAUUUUUGAAUUUGAGAAUUCAAAAGGUAUUCUCCUAAGUCCUCCUGAAAAUUCAUGCAUAUCUCCUGGCACAUAGGUUGUACCACAGCUCUUUCAAAAAUCUGGUUCAGCUUAUGAGCAACUAAACAGCACUUCAUUUUUUUCCCCGUAAGUGUCCAGUUUUUGGGGUGGGAGAGGAUUCUUCAUUCUCAGCAUUGUAAAUUGGACCUGCAAGUUCUCAGACAUCUGCAGGAUCUGCUCUGAGCACUUGAGGAACUUUGUGUUAUCUGGAAGUUAUUUUUCUCUCUAAAGAUGUUCUUCAGGGCUGCUCCAUGCCAGAGUAUGACAAAGUCUUUAGCAAAACAUGAUCCAAUCUUUCAAUCUAGUGAAUUUACAAUAACAGGACAUCCUAAAUUGUAAUUGAGGUUCCCUUGGCAUAAAAUCCCUUUUCAUAAUAAGGAGAGAAUGUUUAUUCUAUAAAGACUACUGAAUAAACAAUUAAAAGAAAAAAGCAACACAUUCCCACCUUGAAAUAAAAUUUGGAUGGUAGAACAUUUAAUUUCUUUCAAACUGGAUAAGAAGAUUCUUUCUCUCUUUGAGGAGACAGGACAAAAGUAGAGAUGUGGAAGCAUGACAACAAUCUGCUUUGAUGUCUUAACCCAAGAAAACAACUUUGGUACUUCCAAAUGGGAAGUUUUAUUUGAGUUUGCUGACCGGGCCACACAUCUUCCACUCUGAGUCUUCUAUCACCACUAACCAUGUUCCUGGAGGGUGCUGUGCCACCUCUGAGCAGCAGUGAGGUGCCACCUGCCCCAGCCAGGGACAGCAGAGCCCCAAUGGCAAUGGUAAGCAAGGCCCAAGAGGCAGUGAUGGGCCUUCAGCAUGGGAAUCCAGCCAUGGACCCAGCAGGCCCUGAGAAACUUGGUCUGGUUCAGUUCAGCAAACUCAAAAGCUUAUGAUUAAACUGAAGAACUUCAAAACAAGGUCUAAUUUAUUUCUUCUUCUUUCCCGUCACCACAUGCACAAACACUCCAAGGCUGACAUUUUUCCACAUACAAUUUUUACUCUCUUUUCUUGGAAAGCCCUCACUGCACCUUUGUGCUGCAGCUGAGGUCCCAAGGAGCACAUGCACAGGGCAAAGGGGAAGGAGCCUGGCAGGACACGUGGCAGUUGCUGUGUGGUCCCAGCCUGGCCCUCCUUGCUGGCACUCACUGGGGGAAUGCUAAUGCCUUGCCACCUCCCUCCCCGCUUGGAGGGGACAUAUGAAUGAUCCCGUGCUGGGCAUCGAGACACUCCCAGCAGAGAGCAACAGGCUGAUCACAGCUCUCUGUCAGGGUAUGGCACUGUCUUACACAAUGACAUGUAUGAUCACAAUGUGCUGUGGAAAAUCACAACUUCUAAUGCAAGUAUAAGGUGAGAUGGAAAAUGUGUAUCAAAUCCAUUAAACAGGAUAAGUGUUCUUUACCUAAACUGUAUAUAUAUACAUAUUUAGGUGUAGAUGCAUCUUUUUAAUUGCAUCUAUAUUCCCUAGAGCUCUAUUAUACUUUUUGCAAUCUCCUUUUAAAAUUAUUAAAUAGAUACAGUAAAUUAAAUGUGGAAUGAAUGUAUUAGGCCUGAGGCUAGUUAGAGGAAAGUAUUACUUUUUAAAGCAAAUACUGGUAUAAUUUGCUUGCCUUCCCCUUACACUUUUGUACUUUCUGUAUUUAAAGGAUACUAGUAGCUCGCAGGACAUGAUACUGGAAAGUAAGUCCUGGAUCAUCUUGCAACAAAUAUUAAUUCAUUUGACUGACCAAAAAGGAAGGGGGAUACAGGGAAAUAUCCUAAACAUAAAAUGUAAAAAUGAGGAGAAUCAGGAUAUGAGAAGCCCCAGCACUGUGUUGAAAUGGACAUUGCUGUUAUAUUAAAGCUCUAUAGAAACAUGAAUUACGGACUGUAGGAGAUGGGAUACUAGUAAAUUCCUUUUAUCUACCACUGUAAAGGCCUAAAAUAAAGUGUUUGCAGAGAAGCAAGCCAGUUAA